AUGUCGUUGAACUUGCAGGAGCGGCAGGGCACCGCCCUCCAGGCGAUGCUCGCCUUGGCUCCGCAUCGGCCGAAUUCUUUUUCGCAAACCGACGGGUCUCUCCCCCAAGCCUCCACCGCGUGGAAAAUUCUCAUUUUCGACCACGUCGCAAAAGACAUCCUCGCCCCCCUUAUGACGGUGGGCAUGCUGCGACGCCAAGGGGUAACUUUGCAUCUGCCGCUCGCUUCCCGUCGGUCGCCUGUCCACGAAGCUCCAGCUGUUUACCUCCUGUCGCCGACCGAGGAAAACGUGCAGCUUUUGCUGGAGGAACUCCAGCAGAAACUCUACGCGUUCUACUUCUUCAACUUCACAGAUCGGCUUUCCGAAGAUCUCAUGCAGCUUCUCGCUCGCGGAGCCGUCGAGGCGGGAAUGGAGACGCAAGUUGUGUCGGUUGUGGAUCGCUACGUGGACUACGUGUGUUUGUCUCCCUUUGAGUUUUCGCUGAACAAACCUGGAAUUUACUCGAUUCUAAACGGGCGCUCGUCAGACGCUCAGGCAAGCGGCGAGAAAACCGAAAAGGCAAUCGAGGAGGCUGUGGCUGUUGCCGUGAACGGCCUAUUCUGCGUUAUCGCCACAUUUGGCGUCGUUCCGCUGAUUCGCUGCCCCGCGUCGCCGUCUUCGCCCGCUCGCAACGUCGCCAUGAAACUUCAGGAGAGAGUCGCCACUCUCCCUCAUCAUGUCCAAACGCAGAUCUUUGGGCAUGCGUCUUCCUCGCUGCAUCGCCCGCUGCUGAUUCUCCUGGUAGGCUGA